AUGUGUGUCCCAGCAAUGCGCCCUUUCGUAUCCCUCGACGAGUACGGAUAUCUCGAACUGUCUCAGCCCACCGGUGAUGGGGACUCGUUCGUCGACACGAACAUGACGUGUUCUUAUCAACCGCUACUUAAUAACAAUGUGGGCGAAGUUCUUCUUGGGGAAGAGACGAAGAUCGAGUUCAACCAGCUCACUCUCAUCAAAGACAGUCAGAUCGUAGUGAAAUGCCAUCGAAAUUCUCCAUCUAAGGAAAUCGUCUACGAGAAGGCGUUUGUAAAUGUACCUUACGCUUCGGGUCCAGCGGCGAAGCCGAAAUUCAAGAGAAGUGAUCCGGUUGCGUCUCACGAUAAUCUUGACAAUUGGAAAAAAGCAAUUCUACAUUCAAAAAGAUAUUGUCAUUUUUCGAUACACUACAUGAAAACAUUAACAGAGGACAACUCGGACUAUCUGACAUUACUCGAUAAGAAGAUGAGUGUGGGCGAUCAGCUCUUCACCUCACAAGUGGAGGAACGGUCGCCUCUUCUGUCUAUAAAAUUGCCAGAGAAAUUCCGAAGGAAGUACCACACGCAAGAUAGGAACAUUGGUAUAAAUGUUAACAGAUUGAUCACCACCUCGGAUGUCGGUAAGACGCUCAUGAACAUUGCCUCAGUUAAAGCACUACAUAACCUUACUCUCGAAUCGUCUGCCGAAGCAGCUAGGAGUUCUUCACUGCUUCAGUAUUUUCAUCCGAAUAAUCGUUCCUGUAAGGACGCGAACAUUCCUGCGCAUUUAUGCCUUUGUAUGGACGAAGAGAUUCCACAGGAGUACACGAAGUUUGUCAACUAUUCUUGA